AUGGAUUCAACAGCAAGGCUUUUAAUCUUUCUGGCAGGUUCUUUAACCUUAUUUCUAUUGAAAUUCCUUCAUAAAUACUGGUGGAUACCUUUUAAGAUACAAAGAGCACUGAGUUUACAAGGAAUCAAAGGACCUCCAUAUGAGUUCAUCCAUGGCAACAACAAAGCCUCUACCCGUUUCAGAUACGAAGCUUUAAGCAAACCCAUGGCUUCCUUAACUCAUAAUAUAGUCCCCAGAGUUAUUCCUCAGAUUCAUUCAUGGAUCAACACUUAUGGUGAUGAUGAUUUACAUAAUAUGAAUCCAGCAGUGAUUGCUAGCGUUGAGACGAUGUUGGAGAAGUGGAAAGGUCGAGAAGGCGAAGAGAUCGAAGUGUUUAACGAGUUCAGGUUGUUGACUUCAGAAGUUAUAUCGAGAACGGCUUUCGGUAGUAAUUACUUGGAAGGGAAGAAGAUUUUCGACAUGUUGACGAAAUUGGCGAUACUAGUUAGUCGAAAUUAUUUCAAAACUCCUAUUCCUGGCAUCAGCAAGAUAUGGAAAACCGCGGAUGAAAUAGAAUCAGAGAAACUUGCUAAUGGAAUUCAUGAUUGUGUGAUGGAAAUGGUUAAGAGAAGGGAAAAGAAAGUAGAGACAGGAGAAGCUGACGGUUUUGGCAAUGAUUUUCUAGGAUUACUAAUAAAUGCUUAUCGUGAUUCCGACGAGAAAAACCGAUUUUCCAUCGAGGAUCUAGUGGAUGAGUGCAAAACAUUCUACUUUGCCGGUCAAGAAACAACCAACUCCUUGCUUGCGUGGACGAUCCUUGUUUUAGCAAUUCAUACUAAAUGGCAAGAAAAAACAAGGCAAGAGGUGUUUGAGGUAUUUGGGGACCAAAAUCCUAAUUCUGAAGGCAUUGCCAAAUUAAAAAUUAUGAACAUGGUUGUCAAUGAAACUUUGAGAUUGUAUUCUCCUGUAGCUGCCGUGAUCCGACAGAUCAAAAAAGAAGUUCGAUUGGGAAAGCUUGUUUUGCCUGCAAAUCUGGAGAUAUUGAUCCCAAUCAUAGCACUUCACCAUGACCCUCAACUAUGGGGAGACGAUGUACAUCUUUUCAAACCGGAGAGAUUCGUUGAAGGCAUCGCUAGUGCUACCAAAUACAACUCUGCAGCAUUCAUUCCCUUUUCAAUGGGACCUCGAUCUUGCGUUGGCAUGAGCUUUGCAACCACAGAAACAAAGGUUGCUCUCUCAAUGAUUCUCCAACGCUACGCCUUUACUCUCUCCCCGACCUACGUUCAUGCACCAUUUCCUGUAAUCACGCUUCAACCACAACACGGAAUUCAAGUAAUGCUUCAUCCUUUAUAG